CAAGCUUUGAGGCGCCGCUUUUCAUCUUCUCCUCUUCUUUUCAACAGAUUUCUGACCUCUCAUUCCUUCUUCCUCUUCCUCUCCAAAUCGCCGUCAUCUCUUAUCUUUCUUUCCUUCUCAUUCUUUGAUAUUUCUUUCCCCCUUUCAUUCCUUUUUUGCCUGAUUAAUCGCUCUCAAAUCUCGGCCAACUCGCUCCAUGUCCACCCAGCACCACCAGCAGGGCAGCCGCUCCUCCUGCCGCAAAACCAGUCCUCCAUAGUGAUCUCUUUUUCUUUGGAAUCCUCCGCCGUACUCCAAAUCCAAGCUAUUUUCCUACAGCACUUUUGAUUGCAGAUCUAUAUACUCUACUCGCUCCUUUUUCUCUGUCUCAUGCCAACUGAAAUGUGCGAUAAUGUUGGACAGCCUGGGAUGCCAAGACAGCCACCUAACUCACAGCCAAAUCCAUUUGGGAGUUCCUUCUUUGCAGGAUUGUCUUUUGCUUAUCAGCUUUUGUAUCUACUAGAUGCUACUGGGUUCUACUCUUUAGGAUUACACGUUCUUGGGAUUCAUGUUUGUCGAGCUACAGGGCAGGAGCUGGACUUAUUCUAGAGGCCCUUCAAAAUGGAGUCUCUUGAUGAAUCUACCUCUUCCUCCAUCAGCCAUGGUAUUCAUGUCUUCCAUUGCCCAGAUGAGUUGGGAAUAGUUGCAAAGCUAUCAGAAUGUAUUGCUUCAAUAGGUGGAAACAUUCUCAAUGCUGAUGUUUUUGUGCCCGAGGACAAGAAUGUGUUUUACUCUAGAAGAUAUGGUUAUUCUUCAAUGGCAGAUAUCGUAAUGAUUGCUGUUGGUGUUCAUCUAAAUGAUUUUGGGUUUACAAUCAUAAGAUUGAAACCUGGCAUUCACAAUUUGCAGACAUUUGAUGCUGGCGUCAAAUUAAUUGGUGCCAAGUCACUUUGUUACUAAAGAACUUGACUUGGCUAGGUUCAAGACUUGACAAGGUUUAUGGGUGCACAAUUGCAGGUUGCUUUGGAUGAAGCAGCUUUCUUGUUGGAUUUGGCUUCUGUGGAAAGCACCUGGGAUGACAAUUUGGAGCGGAUUGCUGAAUGUUAUUAGGAAGCUGGGCUCCAUGAAAUUGCCAAAUUUG